GAAAACUGAAUUUCUUACUAAAAUUCUUAGCAACCCAACAUUUGACCAUUUAAUUGAGAGCCCGUCUGUCCAAACUUUUUCUGAACGGCGCACACGUGAAUUAAAGAAUGACGUUAUCGACUAUUUCGGAUGAAGCAGAAGCAUUAAAAGAAGAAGCUAACAAAUUUUUCAAAGGUAAUGCAUAGACAGACCUCACACUUACAAAUAUGGACACGUGUUUAACGGUAUUUUUCGACUAAUAGAUGGGGACUAUGAAAAAGCCAUUGAUGCAUACACGAAGGCGAUAGAAAUUCGGGAGACUGCUGUUUAUUUGGCCAACAGGAGCCUCGCUUAUCUUCGUACAGAGUGUUUUGGCUAUGCCUUGGAUGAUGCUUCUAAAGCUAUAUCUUUGGAUAGUUCUUAUGUGAAGGGUUAUUAUCGCAGGGCAUCUGCACAUAUGGCAUUAGGUCAGUAUAAGGAGGCAUUAGCAGACUACGAAACUCCGAUAACUCCUGUAGUUGGUUCCUAUAAAGGUAGUAUAAAUUGGUUGGAUAAAAUGACGUAGAUUCACCCUCAUACCAAGGUGUUGCAAGUGGAGAAUUUUCUGUCCACAGUGGUAUUUCUUUUGUUUGGAUUUUCAAGAUAUGUGAUCACGUGGAUCUCGUAUGGAUAUCUUAUAACAUGGAAUAAACUGCUGCGCUGCACACUGAUAAAGUAUUUUGUCACUAAUUAUUUCCAUGUUGAAUAUAAAUUUAAUGCCAUAAUUUAUAAACUAUUACCGUAGUCUGAUUUGCAAUAUAUUUUAUGUCUGUUUAAAUAGCAUAGGGAUAUACCAUUACGUACAUCAUUUACAUCGUGACUUAUGAAACUUAUUUUGUAAGGACAUAAUCGUACUUUUGCUGUAACUGUUUGUGACAAGCUACUUUUAAAGCAAUUUAACCUCAGUAAAAUAGCGAUUUACUUAAUUCAACUGAUUCUAACUAUAAAGUUUCAAUUUCCACCUGGUCUAGUUUUGAAAACCAAUAACAUCUGGUGUUUAUAUGUCGAGUUAUUAAAAAUGUCCGCUUUACUGUUAUCUGCUAAUAUGAGGUUUCAUCUCAACUAGGUUAUUCGAGUUGCACCUAGUGACAAAAUGGCUCGUGAGAAGUUGACUGAAUGCCGGAAAAUAAUUCGUCGCAAAGCAUUUGAAAAAGCCAUUGCAGUAGAAGAUCAGCCAUCCCCAUUAGAAUCUUUUGAUCUGUCAACAAUUACCGUAGAAUCUAGUUACGAUGGUCCGCACUUAGAACAAGAUAGCAAUGGAAAAUACUUUGUCACUGAGUCGUUUAUGUUGGCUUUAAUGGAGCACUACAAAUCUCAGAAAGUAUUACACAAGAAAUAUGCCAUUAUAAUAAUGAAAGAUAUUUUCUUAUUUCUUCGCGGUUUACCAAGUUUGGUAGACAUUAAAGUCCCAGAACAGUCUAAGUUUACUGUUUGUGGGGAUAUACACGGUCAGUUCUACGAUCUUAUGAACAUAUUCAAAAUUAACGGGCUUCCGAGCAAAGAUAAUCCUUACUUGUUCAAUGGUGACUUUGUUGAUCGGGGAUCGUUUUCCGUGGAGUGUAUUUUCACCUUGUUCGGGUUUAAGCUUCUCUAUCCAGACAAGUUUUAUCUUUCCAGAGGUAACCAUGAAUCCGAACACAUGAACAGACUUUAUGGCUUUGAAGGUGAGGUAAAGUCAAAAUAUUCUUCUGAAGUGGCCAAUAUGUUCACGGAUAUAUUCAACUGGUUACCUCUAUGCCAUCUGAUUAACGAAAGAAUUCUGGUUAUGCAUGGUGGAUUGUUCGAACGCGAUAAUGUUACAUUAGAUGAAAUAAAAAAGGUGUCUCGAAAUCGUCAACCUGACGAAGGCACUAUAAUGUGUGAAUUACUAUGGUCUGACCCAAUGGAGGCUGAAGGUCGAGCCCAUUCUAAACGUGGAGUCGGUUGUCAAUUUGGUCCUGAUGUCACUGAAAAGUUCUGUAAGCAAAAUGGUCUAGACUAUAUUAUUAGAAGUCAUGAAGUGAAAGAUGAAGGUUACGAAGUUGCUCACAACGGUCGCUGUAUUACUGUUUUCUCAGCUCCUAAUUACUGUGACACAAUGCAUAAUCGAGGAGCUUUUAUUACAUUGAUAGGUAGUAAUAAACCCGGUGAAAUGUCUCCAAUGUUUACCAGCUUUACAGCAGUAGCUCAUCCAGAUGUGCGCCCAAUGGCUUACGUAAAUCCAUUACUUUCCAUGUUUAUGUGAUUUGUACAUUGCUUUUUCUUAUUUUGUGCCUUAAAAUGGUUACUGAACAUUGAUAGAUGCAUAUUUAAAUAAACACACAUAUAUACAGUUAACUUGAUCAAUGUAUCAACUGUUCAUUGUACACAUUAUAUUGUCAAAAUUCUCACGUAACAUUUUCUUACUCAUUUUUGAUGGGCUUAGUUUUGAGUCAAGGAUUCUCAUGUCUGCAUUUUUAAUUCCAUUGUAAUAAAGUUACUUUGGGAAAAUGUAAAAAAAUUAAUCACAUUCGUAUUACUAUUAAUAUGAUUAUUUGUUAUUGCUACUACUACUAACACUGAUACCAUUGUUUGAAUUUGUGACGGCUAUUUUUCCAUUUAGUCAGACUACCAGUUCUCAUUCAUUUUAGGGUUAAUUUUGCAAGUAUAUUAGAAGAAAUCAUUAAGCUUCAUUUAUUUUAUCGUCUUACUGUAUCGUGUUUGAAUAAAAAUUGUGGGAAAUUAUUACUAUUAAAUCUAUAUAUAUCUAGCAUUGUUCCAGUCUAAUUUUUUUCGACCUAAUCGUCUUGAAUAAAUUAAAAUGAGGAGUUUAGAAGAUAAUUAAUUUUCGUAUUACCUUGCUUAGUAAUGAGGAUAUUUUGUACAUUGAAGCAUUUUAAUCUGAAAAUAAUAGUGUUCACAUCGUA